AAAUGUUUGGGUCAAAGUUCCAUUUAAAAAGCCACAGCUAGCUUUAUACACAUCUCCUUUACUCCUUACUCUGCAUGAUCUGAGUGCAGUUAAAGGCUACCAUGAGUGUGGAGAAUAAAGAUCCCCGACAGCCAUGCUGCUCCAAACUAAAGAUGUUUCUGGCCUCCUUGGCCUUGGUCUUCUUUGCCAAAGCAUUUCAGGGCAGUUACAUGAAAAGCUCACUCACACAGAUUGAGAGACGCUUCAACAUUCCCAGCUCCCAAAUUGGAUUCAUUGAUGGAAGCUUUGAAAUUGGCAACCUGUUGGUGAUUGCAUUUGUGAGUUAUUUUGGAGCAAAACUUCACAGACCCAGACUGAUUGGAAUGGGAUGUCUGUUAAUGGCAAUUGGCUCCUUCAUCACUGCCCUGCCUCACUUUUUCCAGGGGCUGUACAAGUAUGAGACGUCAAUCAGACAUUUCUCUGAAUCCAAUGUGACUGAAACCAUUAUGCCAUGUCUUGCAACUGGGAACCAUUCACAUGAGGAUGAAUUCAUCACAGCUGAGAGUCAGAAGGAGUGUGAGAAAACAUCAGGAUCCUCUUUAUGGAUCUACGUAAUCCUGGGUAACAUGAUACGAGGGAUUGGGGAGACUCCAGUGAUGCCUCUUGGAAUGUCUUAUUUGGAUGACUUUACCAGAAAAGAAAACACAGCUUUCUACAUUGCAUGUAUACAGAGUCUUGGUAUCUUGGGGCCAAUGGUUGGCUUUACGCUAGGUUCCUUCUGUGCCAAACUCUAUGUGGAUGUUGGAGCUGUGGACAUGGACAGCAUCUCAAUAAACAAUAAAGACACACGCUGGGUUGGAGCCUGGUGGCUUGGCUUCUUGAUCACUGGUGCUGUUAUGUUACUGGCUGGAAUCCCUUUCUGGUUCCUGCCCAGGUCACUACCUAAACAAGAAGAGGGCAAUGCCAAGAAAAAACAAGAUACCCAUCACAACGAGCAAGAUUCUUUUAUCCCUGUGGAGAGCAAAAACACCCCACCAUCUGAGAAAGCUGACUCUGCCAACAUUAUUAACAUGGCCAAAGAUUUCCUGCCAUCUUUGAAGAGGCUUUUCAGUAACACUAUUUACGUGCUUAUUGUCUGCACCGGUUUUAUCCAAGUCAACUACUUUAUUGGAAUGAUCACAUUUAAACCCAAAUACAUGGAGCAGAUUUUUGGCCAAUCUCCAUCCAAGGGUAUCUUACUGAUGGGUAGUAUGAAUGUGCCUGCUGUGGCCUUGGGAAUCAUCUCAGGAGGCUUUGUGAUGAAAAGGUUCCAACUGAGUGUGCUUGGUGCAGCAAAGAUGAACAUUUGCACCGCUUUUCUUGCUUUUGUUCUCAUGCUGAGCCAGUACUUCCUACACUGUGGAAAUACACAGGUGGCAGGGCUCACUGUGUCUUAUCAGGGGUUUCCAGAGGUUUCUUCCCACCAGCUGAGUUUGUUGUCCCAGUGUAACUCGGAGUGCUCCUGCUCUCUAAAACACUGGGACCCAGUAUGUGCCGACAAUGGUCUGACAUAUACCACACCCUGCCUUGCAGGCUGCCAGAGCUCCACUGGAUUCAGCAAGGACAUAGUCUUUCACAACUGCUCAUGUGUUGCUGAGGCACUGCUGCCUAGUAUGAACAUGUCUGUAGUAUUGGGUCAGUGUCCACGGAAAGAGAACUGUGACUACAUGUUUAAGAUUUACAUGAUGAUGACUGUACUAGGGGCCUUUUUCUCAGCCAGUGGAGCCACUCCUGGAUAUAUUGUUCUGCUCAGGUCUAUCCAGCCAGACCUGAAGUCUUUGGCUCUUGGAAUGCACAUAUUAAUAGUCAGGACCCUGGGUGGAUUCCCUCCUCCAAUAUAUUUCGGAGCUUUGAUUGACAGGACGUGUCUGAAGUGGGGAACAAAGCAAUGCGGAGGCCAAGGCGCAUGUCGACUCUAUAAUUCCGAUGCUUUUAGAAUGACUUUCUAUGGCCUCAUCUAUGGUCUGUUUUCUCUGGGCCUUCUGCUGUGGUUGCUAGUACUCAACAGACUGUCACACCGUCAUCGGCAGCUGGCACUGCAAGACCAGGACAAAGCCACAGAGCCACAAGCCAACAACACAGCCCAGGAUGAUGGAAAUGCCCCGUCUGCUUUUAUGAAGUGCAAGGAAGAGCUGGACAGAGAGACUAGUAUUUGAAUUCUUAUGUGGGAAAAACAGUCAUGUUCUAUAAACUGAUUAUAUGAUAAAAAUCUGGUAUAGUGUGCAUUUUGUGAUGUGAGCUGUUCUGUGCUAGGAAUUCUCUUACAAGACUGUAUGUGGCCAUGAGAUUGUUUGUUACAACACACACACACACACUGAAUGCACCUUUACUUUGUCUUGUCAGACACAGAAUUCCUUACAUUUCCAAGAUUAGACUGUUGCAUUUCCUGGUCAGUAAAACAAUUAGUAUUUGUAAAUGUGAACUAUUUAGUGAUACUUUGUCUUUUUUUUUUUUUGGAUCUUAAUUGUUUGUGUUCAAGAUGCAGUGAGAACUGAUUACAGGUGAAAAGUGGAUUUUUACUGAUAAUACUGUUUACCUUAACGUUUAUGUUCCUUUAUAUAAUUUUACACUGUUACUAAACCACACAAAGAAAGUAAUUACCGUACAUGUUACCAGUCUUAGAAAAUGCAGAC